AAACCUCAUAAAGAUUCAAGAACCUGUGAAGAUAACGAUUCGGGGGUAAGGGCUAAAAAAGAUGAUCGAUCAGCGUGAUGCAUUUAAAAUCAAAUAAACUAUAAAUUUUGAGUUUUAUGGUAUGCCAAUUAAUUUCAAACGUUCGGGUAAUCAUUGAUAUUGCCAGUGAGGGUCGAUUCAAAACCUCUCAGAUCGCUCUGACUGUGACAGUAAUCGCCGCCAACUAUCAUUUUAAUACCCAAAUCCUGAAAAGAGCGAGAAAUGAAUGUAUCUAAUUCGAGAAACCAUCCAAUUUAGAAUUUUUUCAUAAAAUUAUAGAAAUCAAAUUUGUUGUACAGUAUUAAUGGCUCCCAAAACAGUAAAACGAGAUGAAGUUGGAGAACACCAGGCGCGAUUGAAGGAGCAGCUCCAACACCUCCGCAGGGAGAGUGAAAUGUUUGAGAGAGUUAUGUACAAAAGCAAGAACCAGCACCGCCGCUGCCUAUACUACAUAUCUCUCUCGAAGGUGAGGAGAGACCUGAAGCUCUUUCACCUUGCAAACCUCAAAAUAAUUCUGAAAAAGCAUUUCCCUAUUAUCAGAGGAAACACGCCCACUCAAGCAAUUAGUCUUUUGGAGAGCUUAAAAGCUGGAAAAAAGGCCACUGAAGGAGUGGAUUUUCAAAAGGGACUUCUAGGAGUUGCACGCUUACUGGCACAGAUGACUGAGCCAAUUAUUGAAGCAGGACUAAGGAUAUCUACUUUGCUUGGCCAGAGUUUCUUCAUGCCAUUUGCUCUAACAAUGCUAUCAUGUCUUGCUCGCCUUCGAGUUUUGGUUCAGCAGAUAUUGCUUGAUGUUGUGUGGGUAUUUAAUAUGUCCGCAAGUAUGUCUCAAGCUCAACAGUCUUCAAGACUUACAAAGGAAGGGCCUGCAGUAUUUAGAGAUUACUUUCCGCCAAACAAACAAUUAGUUACCUUGGAAUGCCAAUGGGAUGAAGUAAAGUUUUGUCUAAUUGAGAAGCUUGUGGAAAGUGAGAGAAAGGUUGCAGAUAUGCAGAGAACGCCAUUGCCUGAGCAUUUAAUGGAAGGUUUAAAGUACAACAGCACUGAAGGAUUAGAUGAAGCAUCAGGUGCCAAUGAACUGAAUCAGGAAGGCCGUUUACUUGGGAAGCAAAGGGAGGUUCAGUCAAUCAAUGAAGCAACUGAUAUUGACAGGAAUGCAAAUGAGAAAUCAGCUAUUCAAUUUAGAAAAGAAGAAACCAAUUUUAAUAAUAGUCAUGACCAUAAUCAAGAAUGUUCACAGGUUGUAUUAGAUGGAAAUGAUAGUUCCAUGGGAAGUGGAAUGCCCACAGUUGUAAAUUCCAGAACAAAGAGGAAAGUGGCUUUCAUCUCAGUGAAUCCAGCUUUUACAGCAACAGGUUCAGAGAGGUCUGAUAAGAAGUUAAAAGCUGUAUCAAAUGCCAGUCCUUCAGAAAAAUCUCCAACUGGUGCAAAAGAGUCAUUAGAUACAUUUUUCAAUCUUCUUUUUGAUGGAAACAAAAAUGACACUCUUUUCUGAGGACAUUUGUUGAAGUUUUCUUGUAAAGCAUAGAUUGUUUGAGCUUGUUGCCUGUUUGGUAAUGCUCAGUGUCUGACUAUCACAGUUCCAUAGAUCUUCAUUGUUAGCAUCCAUUUUAAUUAUCAAGUGCUAUCUUUUAUAA